UAUAAAAAUCACGAUGACACGAAUCAUGUAAACAGACAUAAGCAUUUAUCGUUAUUACGCAAUGCAAGAACUACGAUAAUUAGGAGAUUUCCAACUAAUAUCCAGUGCGUUCCAUGUUAUGCUGCAUUGUAUAGCUACCAAAAUCAUGUAUCGCUCUAAAAAACUUCAAUUUCUAUUUAAAAAAAAUUUGUUAACCUCGAAGGCGCGUUCGUACUGCGAAACUACGCAACUGGCAAAAAUCGACAAAAUACUCAUUGCAAAUAGAGGAGAAAUAGCGUGUCGAAUAUCGCGGACAGCCAAACGAUUAGGAAUAAAAACUGUAGCGGUGUACAGUGAUGUAGAUAGAAACGCGAUGCACGUGGAUCUUGCCGAUGAAGCGUAUUGUAUCGGACCGGCACAGUCUAGUCAAAGUUACUUGAGGCAAGAUAAAAUAAUAUCUGUUGCUAAACAAGCAAAAUGUCAAGCGAUACAUCCAGGGUAUGGUUUCCUUUCUGAAAACGUAGAAUUUGCAGAACUUUGUCAAAAAGAGAAUAUAAUUUUUAUUGGACCUCCUGCAAGUGCGAUAAGAGAUAUGGGCAUAAAAAAUAAAUCGAAGGAAAUUAUGGCCAAAGCCGGUGUACCCGUCAUACCAGGCUAUCACGGAGACGAUCAAUCCAAUGAAACUUUAUUAUCAGAAGCCAAAAAGAUCGGUUUUCCAUUAAUGAUAAAAGCAAUACGCGGCGGAGGUGGUAAAGGUAUGAGAAUCGUUUUAAAUGAAAAUGAAUUUUUGAAUGCUCUGGAAUCCGCGAGAACUGAAUCACAAAAAGCAUUUGGAGAUUCAGCCGUUCUCUUAGAACAAUGCGUCGACAAACCAAGGCACGUGGAAGUACAAAUAUUCGCGGACAAACAUGGCAAUGCAGUUUAUUUAUUUGAGAGAGAUUGCUCCAUUCAAAGGAGACAUCAAAAAGUGAUCGAGGAAGCUCCAGCUCCUGGUAUAUCUCAAGAGCUACGAUUGGAAUUAGGCGAAACGGCUGUCCGUGCUGCAAAGGCUGUAGGUUACAUUGGAGCUGGUACUGUAGAAUUUAUAAUGGAUCGAACUAACCAUAAGUUCCAUUUCAUGGAAAUGAAUACUCGUCUCCAGGUAGAACAUCCUGUUACAGAAGUAAUUACAGGAUUAGAUCUUGUGGAGUGGCAAUUAAAAGUAGCCGCUGGUGGGGUGCUUCCUCUCGAACAAGAAAAAAUCCAUCUUCGUGGACAUGCUUUUGAAGCUAGGAUUUAUGCGGAAACUCCAAGAAAUAAUUUUCUACCUGGUGCAGGAAAUCUGUUCUAUUUGAGAACUCCCGAGACAUCGGAAACCGUUAGAGUCGAAACUGGCGUUAGGCAAAAUGACGACGUGCUUGUUCAUUACGAUCCAAUGAUAGCUAAAUUAGUGGUUUGGGGAUCUGAUAGAAAUGAAGCACUUAGAAUUCUUAGAUCGAAACUUUGCGAAUACAACGUAACCGGACUUGAUACGAAUAUUGAAUUUAUUAAAGAUUUAUGCCUCCAUCCAGAUUUUCAAAACGGAGAAGUUCAUACGGGUUUCAUAGCGGAAAAUAGUAAAAAGUUAUUCCCAGAUUUACGUGUUCCUAACGAGACGUUAAUUCAGGGUGCCAUUGCACUAAUUUUAUACGAGGAAAUGAAUGCCUUAAGUAUAUCUUUAAAAACGAAUAAUCCCUUUAGUCCGUUUGCUACGGAAACCGGACUAAGACUUAAUCAUGUUUUAAGUAGAACAUUCAACUUUUCUGUUGACAAUAAGAACAUGGAAGUGAAUGUAAAAUAUAUUGAGCCAGAAGUAUUUUCUAUGAGAACCAACAAUAUUGGACCAUGGAGGAGAGUAAUCGGUACAUUGAAAAAAAUAAAUAAUGCGUUAGAAUUAAAUACAGAGAUAGACGGAGUAAUUAGGAGAGCAAGAGUUACAAAGCUUGGAAAUAGAUUGCACUUAUUUACUAAUACUCGAGAGUGGCAAUUGAAUAUAGCGAAUCCUAAAUUUCUAUCCGAACUCACGAAGAACGUACAACUACAACCUUCCGCGGUGGUCAGUCCUAUGUCUGGUAUAAUAGAUAAAGUAUUUGUUAAAAGAGGUGAUAAAAUUGUACAAGGUGAUGCAUUAGUUGUUAUCGUUGCUAUGAAAAUGGAACAUCUAGUUAAAGCACCCGUGGACGGAAUUGUCGAGGAUGUUUUCUGUACGGUUGGCGACAAAGUUUCGAAGGAUGAAUUGGUCGUGAAACUAUCGGAGUGAAUUGUAAUAUAAAAUAAAAUUUAUAUAUUUCUUGAAAAAAA